AGAACAUCCAUGACGACUGUAAUUAGGAAACGCAAACUAACGACGGAGCAGAAGAACAAUAUUGUGAAGCUCGCCCAAACGAACCCUCAUAUGAAGCAGGAUGAGAUUGCUAGACAGUUCUCUGUGGAUAGGUCGACGAUAUCGAAAGUAUUGACGGAAUCUAAGAAACCGAAGCUUGUAGCCUGCGAGACGAACGAACAUAAGGACGAUAACGUAGUCGCUGAUGAGCCUGUAGAGCAGCUCACCCAGGAUAACUACUCACGUGCAACCAGGAGCCGGUCAUCCUCGAGUUCACAGUCCUAUAAUCACCAAAUUGACGUAUUUGGGAGCAGCCCCUUGAAUAUCACUAGCACGCCAUACCAGUCAAAUUACAGUCCUUACUCCAGUUAUUCGAGUUCCCUUGAUUCCUUUCAAUCAAUAAACGAUCAUUUUGAUUCACUCAGUUUUACGAAUUAUUUCAGCUACGACGAUACGAUAGACGAGUUUAAAGCUAUUGAUGCACUAAGCGUUGUUAAAAAGUACCUCGAGCAGCAACUGAAUAACAAAUACACAAGUUCAUUCAUACCCAAUAACCAAGACAUCACAUAUAUCGACAGUCUGGUCGAUAGGAUACAGUCUAGCGCGGACAGCCAGCUGGGUUUUUACUAAACAACUCAUUUAAUGGAAUACACGUUCAU